AUGGCACCGACGAAUCCCAGCGUUAUCAGCCAGCUGCGGCAGCUCAUCUACUACUACAUCGAUAAUAACCUCCUCAAGAAUGCUCAGUUCUACGCCGAACGACUUGCAGCUUACGAUCACCGAUCGGCAGAGUCAGCAUACCUUCUCGCCCUCUGCCAUCUGCGGCUAGGAGACAAUGCGUCAGCCUACGAGUAUUCGAAGCCUACGGGGUGGAGAGGAACUCAUCUUGGGUGUGCUUAUGUCUUUGCGCAGGCAUGUUUAGCUCUCGAAAGAUACAAGGAUGGUAUAACGUCGCUGGAGAAGAGCAGAGGGCUUUGGGGAGGGAAGAAUAGCUUUGGGAAACAUACUGCCUCCUCACGGCAACCAUUACCUGACGCCGCGACCAUAAACUGCUUAUUGGGGAAGCUCUAUUAUGGCUACGACAACAAGACGAAGGCUGUGAGCUGCUUCGAAGAUGCUCUGAAGCAGAACCCCUUCAUGUGGGACGCCUUCACCACCCUCUGCGAUAUGGGCACCAACCUCAAAGUCCCCAACAUUUUCAAGAUGAGUCCGGAAAUGGAGGCAGUAAUUAGGACGAGCUCACAAGAUCCAUGGGACUCACAGUCUCAAUCCAAAGAUAACACCCUUUCAGCGAUGCCUGACCAGGACCGAAAUCGACCGGGUGUUCGACCCGCCUCGGUUGUUAGUGAUGUUCCGGAUCCAUUCAACAGUGUACCAUCUAGAAGCUUCGCGGGAGGGUUGUUUGGAACCCUUGGUAUCUCACAGAAGUUAAGUGAGAGCAAUCCAAGCCUGACGAAUUUGCCAGCCGUGGGAGGUGGAGGAAUUGGGCCAGAAGCGAUGGAGACACCUACUGGACCAAGUGCUUCGAUCGAUGUCACUGUUGUACCAGGCCGAAGAGACCCUGGUGUGGUAUCGGCAUUUCCAACCGAACCGCCACACGCUCCUAUUCGAAAGACUCGGACGAUACAAGGGCUUGGGAUGGAUUUUAGCAUGGAUGCGCCGAAGAUGAGUCGAGCUGUUUCCACCAAGCGGUCACAGAAGGGUCCUGAAGUAGACGAAUCGGCAGCCACACAAGCUUUGAGGAGCAAUAGUCUUGUACCUCCUGCGGGAGAGCGGAAGAGAACCGUGUCUGGCCAAGUCGUUCCCAGACAGAGUUCAGAAGAUCCUGGGGCACCACAACGGAGGAGCGUCAGGUUAUUCAACCAGAUUCGACCAACGAGCAGCAAGUCAUCGAGUAAUUUGCCGACAGUUGGACCAGCUCCAGGGCGAGAAUUGAAGAAAGCCCGGCCGCCGAUAUCGAAGAUUAUGAGACCAAGCUCAAGCACCUCGACUGUGGGUCGACAAGUUAGUGGGAAUCGAAAACCUGUGGAUGAUUCGAUGGAUGUUGAUGGGAAAGACUACAUCCCUCGGACUUGGCAAGCCACCAGCAUCCCGGUGCAAAAAUCGAUCGAAUUGGAUCCUGCACGACAUGAGGAUGCUCUGAGAAGCUUGCUGGAGCUGUUCAAGAAGUUUGGCAACGCUUACUAUGCAUUGGCUCAAUUCCAGUGCCAAGAUGCACUUCAAAUUUACGCCUCUUUUCCGCGAGCGCAAUUGGAGACCCCUUGGGUGCUGGCCCAGAUGGGUCGUGCUCAUUACGAACAAGCAGCUUACGCCGAAGCGGAAAAGUAUUACAAACGCAUCCGGCAAGUGGCGCCAACGAGAUUCGAGGACAUGGAGAUUUACUCGACAAUCUUGUGGCAUCUGAAGCGAGAAACCGAUCUCGCAUUCCUGGCUCAUGAGCUGAUCGACUCCUCUUGGAAGUCUCCUCAAGCUUGGUGUGCCUUGGGCAAUUCCUGGUCGCUAGCACGUGAUCACGAGCAAGCUCUGCGGUGUUUCAAGCGUGCUACGCAACUGGAUCCGAAGUUCGCAUACGCGUUCACACUUCAAGGUCACGAGCAUAUUGCAAACGAGGAAUACGACAAAGCUCUCACAUCUUAUCGUCACGGCAUUGCUGCUGAUAAACGGCAUUACAAUGCAUGGUAUGGUGUUGGCCGUGUCUUUGAGAAACUCGGAAAUUACGAGAAAGCCUCUAAACAUUUCGAGGCUGCCUCUCUGAUCAAUCCCACAAAUGCUGUCUUGAUCUGCUGCAUCGGUACAGUGCUCGAGAAGCAAAAGCAACCGAAGAUGGCUCUGACGUACUUCGCUAAAGCCACUGACUUGGCUCCACGAUCAGCAUUGACGAGAUUCAAGAAGGCAAGAGCAUUAAUGGCACUUGGAGAGAUGCAGCUUGCGCUCAAUGAAUUGAUGAUUUUGAAGGAUAUCGCUCCGGAUGAAGCAAUGGUGCAUUUCUUGCUUGGCCGAUUGUACAAGAGUUUGAGGGAUAAGGGGCAAGCCGUUCGGCACUUCACCAUUGCGCUGAAUUUGGAUCCAAAGGCAAGUCAGCAAAUCAAAGAAGCGAUCGAGAGUCUUGAGGAGGAAGACGACGAAGAUGAGGCGAGCAUGAUGGCAUGA